AUGAGCAGUCGAGACCAGUGGAGCUCCAAGGACCCGUGGUGCUUCCCGCACACCCCUGAUAACCAGACGGGCAGUGAAUCCGCGGCGUCCGACUACGACUACAGCGUGACCGAGUCCGGCACCCGCUCCGUUGCAUUCGGUGAAGUCGCCAAUGGGUUGGUGGUGCGCAGCACGAAAGAUUUCCGACAGACGCUCGUGUUCUCGGACCAGGAGAUAUGUGACGACAUCCUGGCGACGAUCCCGAAGCUGCAUUCGGCUGUGCUUAGCGGCUUGAAAGGUGCGAGAUGGAAGCGUCGGACUGUUAAGGCGGGCGUGCAGCUAGCAGAGAUGGAGCCGAGCUACGCGCCUGUAGACCCGGACGACGACCUUGACAUCCUCCACGAGACGGUAGCCAAAACCGAGCUGCGCUGUCACUUGAACGAGGCGUUGAGUGUGCUGCUCCACCAAGACCCGGAGACCUACGACACCACUAUGAAGGCGUUGUGCGGAAAGAAGUUCAAGAAAGGUGAGGUGCUAUUCCACCAGCGCGUCGCCUUCGGUAAUAAUUCUCAAGAGCAAGCACGAGCUCCAGUGGGGGAGAAUGGCGAUGGUGAGGCCCCGCAGCAAGGCGUGAUCACUGUAACUUCGGCGACGCUGCGUCCUAGCGCUGCCUUGCAACUUCAGCUGCAGUCCCGUCAUAAACACACGCAGCAGCUCGUGUUUUCGACUUGUACGCACCAGUACCCCGGCAAGAACCGCGCCGUUCACGUGAUGAAGACCGUGCCCAAGUCUGUCCACGACCAGGUUCUUCCUAGUUCAGAGCGUUCGUCUCUGCGCCGUCAGAUCGACCACAUCGCCGUCGGCUUCGACCUGCAGUUCACCCCGCGUCCAGGCGGCAGCAGUCACCAGACCACCAGCAUUUUCGCUCAUGCGUACGCCUCUGAUCGCCCGUCGUCGGCCUUCCGCAACGAAAGUGGCAAACACCGAGCUGAGUCUGUGACCAAGAAGCGUGAGGCAGCGAAAACGAUCCACGCGUCGGACUUGGGUCGCCGUCGCGCGGCUUUGAUCAACCCGGAGGCGAAACACGUCAUGCGUGUGCUCACCGAGUCGGUGGUGCAGUUCGAGCGCACCUUCCACUUCUUCCGGCGCGACUUCUACUGCCAGCUAUGCGGGCACAUGGUGUGCGGAGACUGCUCGCAGCUCUACGAGGUGGAGGCUCGCAUCGGAGAGAUCCGCAAGAACCGCUGCUGCGUUCUCUGUGUGGUGCGCGUGGACGCCUGCAAGUUCGACGAUGAAGAUUUGUUACCAGCACUGGGGCCCAUUCUAGUUGAAGCACCACCCGAUGCCUGGGAGAGCUCGAUCUCCAGCUCCACAACUACGACCAACGAAGACGAUGACUCGGACAUGGACGACCUCACCGGCCAGCUAUGUUCAGAAGACCCGGAGACGCGCAGUCGCGCGCUGGAGAUGCUUGGCCGGUUGGUGGGGAGUCCCGCGAGCUCAGUGUCGUCCUCUUCGAAUCGCAAGCUGGUGAAGCUUCCGAGUAGCGGCAGCGUACGAAGCCAUGCAAGUUCAAGCAGGAAGAGAAAGAGCAGAAAGAAGACGCAGUCACAGCGCGUACUUGAGAGCGUGGAGAGCCACGUGACCCAAGAGCUGGCCAAGUCGCGGCUGAAAUACACUAUCGACUCCUGCGAGGUGAACGACCGUACCAGGGACUACAAGUACGAGUUCGACGGCUCGAAAGUCGCGAACGAGAACCACCCGCUGCCGCCCAUGCCCGACGUCCAGAAGGAUGCUCGGCGCGUCGACUUCAUUAAGAAAUCCGGCGCAUUGACCCCCGACUACGAUCGUUCGGCGUUGAACAUGAUCGCGCAGGUGGCGGCCGAGCUGCUCGCGUGUCCUAUCGGCUUCGUGUCCAUGGUGGAUGACGAGCAGUUCCACGCCAUCGGCAACUACAACCUCCCCGAGGAAGCGCACCACCUGCCUCGCAAUGAGAACAUGUGCAUGCACGCCGUGUAUGCGGAGAAGCCGUUCGUGGUCAAGAACCCGCAGCGCGACAUGCGCUUCGCCCAAAUGCCGUGCGUAGAGGACCUAGGCGUCAAGUUCUACGCCGGAUUCCCUUUGCGAGCACCGACUGGAGAGGUCGUGGGGUCAUUGUGUGCUGCGGACGGUGUUGCACACAACAAUAUCUCGACGAAGGACUACGCAGCGAUGGAGACGCUGGCCAAGCUGGCGUCAGACCUGUUAGCUCCUAAGACGAACACCAACCCACCAAUUAUGGCUAACUAA